ACAACACAACGAUUGAAACGAGAGUGAGAGGGAGAGAGAGAGAGAAAGAGAGAUGGGUUCACUAAUUUCUAAGGUUGCUGCCCCGUCCUGCGCCAUCGUCGACCCGCGGUUCUGCGCGUCGUACCCGAUCGAACUCACGUUCUUCAUCGACGCCGCCUGGUUGAACUGUGACCACCUCGCGGUGACCGACAUCAACGGCAACGUCGUCUUCAAGGUCGAAGCCCAUAAGUGGAGCCUCAGAAACAGGCAGGUGGUCGUCGACGCCUCCGGCAAGCCUGUGAUUUCGAUGCAGCAGAAGCUGAGCAGCAUCCAUGACCGGUGGCUAGUCUUCAAGGGAAAUAGCUCAGAUCCUAAGCAUCUGCUGUUUAGCGUCAAGAGGAGUUCUGCUUUCCAAUUCAAGACCGAGUUGGACGUGUUCUUAGCUGCCAACAAGGAGGAGGAGGUGUGUGACUUCAAGAUCAAGGGAAGCUUCCGCAACAGAUCAUGCACUGUGUACAAGGGCGACUAUUCCAUGGUGAUCGCGCAGAUGAGCAAAGAAUACAAAUUGGUGAAUGGAUUGGUAUCCAAGGAUGCUUUCGGGGUGGCCGUCAUCCCAAACACCGACUACUCCUUCAUUACUGCUCUGACCAUCAUUCGACAUAAGUUCUUUAAAGAAGACACUAGAAUCUCUGAUGUAAUCUCUCAUGUAAUCUCUCAUGUAAUCUCAAAUGAAAUCUCAACUGCACUCAUAUCUGCAAUCUCAGCUUUACUAGGUGGAUCCUAAUUCUCCAUGCCUGCUAGUAUAACAACGAGUGACUUCCUCUGCAGCAUGAAACCACAGAUGGAUACUUGGUGAAGACUUGGAUUGUAGUACUUAAUCUUAUGUUCCUCCUUUUGUGUUAUCGUGGGAUGGCUAUAUAUGUAUGUAAGAUUAUAAUAUGUAGUUUGCACCGCAGCUGAACCUGUUUAGAGAUCAUAUAUAUGUAUAACAGGGAAGUGAAGUGAGGUGGAUAUUGGGUCUCUUCUCA